AUGACGACCAGGUAUGCAGAAUCCCAUUUAACCAGUAACACGGCCGGGCCAGGAGACGCUCGUCCCACGGCUCUAAAGAUCAUCCAAGACAACGAGCUCGAAGGCAAACUCGAGGACAAAGUGAUACUCGUCACGGGCACAUCAUCAGGCAUCGGAAUCGAGACCGUCCGCGCAUUGAAAGCCACAGGCGCCAAAAUCUACGCAACAGCACGCAACCCCGACAAAGCGCGCGAAGCCCUCGCAGAUGUCCUGGAGCCCGGAAAAGUCGAACUCCUGACCCUGGACACCAGCUCACUGGCCAGCGUACGUGCCGCGGCGGCCGAAUUCCUCUCCAAGGAGACCAGACUGAACAUCCUCAUCAACAACGCCGGUGUCAUGGCGCUGCCCUCGCUGAUCCUCACCGAAGACGGAUUCGAGACACAAUUCGCGACGAACCACCUUGGCCACUUCCUGCUCUUCCAGCUCCUGAAACCCACUCUCCUGGCAUCCAGCACGCCCACAUUCCACUCGCGCGUCGUGAACGUCUCAUCACUGGGCCAUCGCCAACAGCGCAUCACCUUCGACGACAUCAACCUGAGCGGCCCCAACGCAUACACCCCAUUCGGCGGAUACGGCCAGUCCAAGACGGCCAACAUCUACAUGGCGAACGAGAUCGAGCGACGCUACGGCUCACAGGGCCUGCAUGCCUGGAGCCUGCAUCCCGGUGGCAUCACGACGGGUCUGCAGGCACACUAUGAUUUCUCGGCGUUUACCGUCUUGCCGGAGAUCCAGCGCUAUAUGAAGUCCCCGGCGCAGGGGGCCGCGACGACGGUGUUGGCCGCCGUGGACAAGGAGUUGGAGGGAAAGGGUGGCAAGUAUCUGGAUGAUACGCAGGUUAGUGGGCCUAUUGAUCCGGCCAGGGAGAAGGAGUUGGCGGAGCCGGGGUAUGCGAGUUGGACUUAUGAUGUGGAGGACGCGACCAGGUUGUGGGAGGUUAGUUGUGAGCUUGUUGGCUUUAAGGAGUAG